CCUUUCAGUUCUCUUCACAUGCAACCAUAGUUAAAUAGAAGCACAGUCUUUCCACUCUUUACUCUACAAUAAUUUUCUGAAACCACACUGUAGCUCUUCUCGCCCUUCAGUAAAAGAAGACAAAGGGAUGGCCGGAGAAGGAAGACAAGAUGAGAAGAAGAAGAAGUUGGGUGGUCUAAAAACCAUGCCUUUCAUAUUAGCAAAUGAAGUCUGCGACCGGUUUGCCACAGCUGGUUUUAAUGCUAAUAUGGUUCAAUACCUUCAGAAUGAGCUCCAUCUUCCUCUUAUUCAGGCCACCAAUACUCUUAACAACUUUGGUGGCACAGCCAGCCUCACACCGAUCAUCGGUGCCCUUAUUGCAGACUCUUUUGCUGGCCGUUUCUGGACUAUAGCCGUUGGUUCCAUGAUCUAUCAACUAGGCAUGUUGGGAGUUACCAUAUCAGCAAUCCUCCCCGCCCUUCGCCCGCCGCCGUGCCCUUCCCAGUCGCCAUCCUGCCAGCAAGCUUCGGCCUGCCAGUUAGCCAUCUUCUACAUCUCCCUCUUCUUCACAGCGGUCGGGUCGGGCGGCAUCCGACCCUGCGUCGUCGCGUUCGGGGCGGACCAGUUCGAGCUGGACCGUCGGCAGCAACGGGCCGGUGGGUCGGGCCAGCAAUGGAACUUCUUCAACCUCUAUUUCUUCAGCAUGGGGGUAGCAUUGUUAAUGGCUCUCACGGUGGUGGUUUACAUACAGGACAAUGUGGGAUGGGGUUUGGGCUUCGGUAUCCCAACAGUCGUUAUGUUCUUUUCUGUAAUUGCUUUUAUUAUAGGGUACCCGCUUUAUAUAAGAAGGAAGCCCGGGGGGAGCCCGCUGACCCGACUGGCACAAGUGGUGGUGGCGGCGGUUCGGAAGCGGAAGCUUGCCUUGCCGGAUGAUAGCGGCGUUCUGUAUCGGAAUAAGGAGAUGGAUGCUGACAUAUCAGUGGCUGGACGGCUCUUACACACCGAACACUUCACGUUCUUAGACCGGGCGGCGAUCUGCACCGAUUCCGACAUCACCGCCGCCGGCUUUCCACGUCCAUGGCGACUAUCUACCGUCCACCGCAUCGAGGAGCUCAAAUCCAUCAUCCGCAUGCUCCCAAUCUGGUCCGUCGGCAUUCUUAUCAUCACCGCCUCCUCCCACAAUCACACCUUCACCAUCAUCCAAGCCAAAUCCAUGGACCGCCACCUCGCCGGAAACUUCCAAAUCCCCGCCGCCACCCUCUCCAUCUUCUCCAUCGUUUCCAUGCUCCUCACCCUCGCAAUCUACGACCGCCUCCUCACCCCCCUUGUCCGCCGCCUCACCCGCCGCCCCACCGGCCUCUCCUACCUCCAGCGCAUCGCCGUCGGCCUCGCCAUCUCCCUCCUCUCCAACAUCUCCGCCGCGCUCGUCGAAAGCCGGCGAAGAUCUACUGCAGUAACACAUGGCCUCGCAGACCACCCGAGCGCCACCGUGCCCAUCAGCGUGUUCUGGCUGGUGCCGCAGUACGCGAUUCACGGCAUCGCCGAAGCGUUCACGUCGGUGGGGCAUAUGGAGUUCUUGUAUGAUCAGUCACCGGAGAGCAUGAGGAGCACGGCGGCGGCCCUGUUCUGGUUAGCGGUGUCGCUGGGGCAUUACGGCGGGACUUUGCUGGUGAUUUUGGUUAGCGAUUUCACCAAGAGGUCGAAACAGGGAAAUUGGUUGCAGAACAAUAUUAAUAAGGGGAGAUUGGAUUACUAUUAUUGGCUUGUGGCCGGCCUGCAAGUUUUUAACUUUCUGUACUAUCUUGUUUGUGCGAGGUUUUAUACGUUUAAGCCGCUGGAGAUCGCCGGAGACGAGAAUAUGGGCAAGGUUGUGGAUGGUGAGACCGGCGGCGGUGGCUGCGAUGUGGAAUUGGCUGCCGGAGCAACGGUCAAGUUGUACUAUGCUAAUCAAAAGGAAUAGGCUAUUGCUGAGAGAUUUUGGGGCGAUCAAGACUCAAAAUUUUCUUUGAACUAAGCUCUUCUAAAAAUUUCUCAUAGAUUAGAGGGAAGAUUUUGAUGACAAACCUAACCUUGUGAUGCAAUUAUGCAUUUGUUAAAAAAGGAGAGAUUAUUUCGUGCGAAGUUCAGAUCAAGAGAAUAGUUUGGUUGUGUGACUGUGAACAGUAAAAACACUAUUAUUGUUCACCACUGUGCUUUUACUAUUUACAAUCAUAAAAUCAAAUGGUUUACUGGGUCCA